CCGCGAUGCAGUGCGCGCCUGCGCCGUCCCUCGCCUCCGAGCAGCCAUGAUGGAAGGCCUGGACGACGGCCCCGACUUCCUCUCGGAGGAGGACCGCGGACUUAAAGCAAUUAAUGUAGAUCUUCAAAGUGAUGCUGCUCUGCAGGUGGACAUCUCUGAUGCUCUUAGUGAGAGAGAUAAAGUAAAAUUCACUGUUCACACAAAGAGUUCCUUGCCAAAUUUUAAACAAAAUGAGUUUUCUGUUGUUCGACAACAUGAAGAGUUUAUCUGGCUGCACGAUUCCUUCGUUGAAAAUGAAGACUAUGCAGGUUACAUUAUCCCACCAGCACCACCAAGACCUGACUUUGAUGCUUCAAGGGAAAAACUACAGAAGCUUGGAGAAGGAGAAGGGUCCAUGACAAAGGAAGAAUUCACGAAGAUGAAACAGGAACUGGAAGCUGAAUAUUUGGCAAUAUUCAAGAAGACUGUUGCAAUGCAUGAAGUGUUCCUGUGUCGUGUGGCAGCACAUCCUAUUUUGAGAAAAGAUUUAAAUUUCCAUGUCUUCUUGGAAUAUAAUCAAGAUUUGAGUGUACGAGGAAAAAAUAAAAAAGAAAAACUUGAAGAUUUCUUUAAAAAUAUGGUUAAAUCAGCAGAUGGAGUAAUUGUUUCAGGAGUAAAGGAUGUAGAUGAUUUCUUUGAGCAUGAACGAACAUUCCUUUUAGAAUAUCAUAACCGAGUUAAGGAUGCAUCUGCUAAAUCUGAUAGGAUGACAAGAUCCCACAAAAGUGCUGCAGAUGAUUACAAUAGAAUUGGUUCUUCAUUAUAUGCUUUAGGAACUCAGGAUUCCACAGAUAUAUGCAAGUUUUUUCUCAAAGUUUCAGAACUGUUUGAUAAAACAAGAAAAAUAGAAGCACGAGUGUCUGCUGAUGAAGACCUCAAGCUUUCUGACCUUUUAAAAUAUUACUUAAGAGAAUCUCAAGCUGCUAAGGAUCUCCUCUAUCGAAGAUCUAGGUCACUAGUGGAUUAUGAAAAUGCUAAUAAAGCUCUGGAUAAGGCAAGAGCAAAAAAUAAAGAUGUUCUACAGGCAGAAACAUCCCAACAAGUAUGUUGUCAGAAAUUUGAAAAAAUAUCUGAAUCUGCAAAACAAGAACUUAUAGAUUUUAAGACAAGAAGAGUUGCUGCAUUCAGAAAAAAUUUAGUGGAACUGGCAGAGUUAGAACUGAAGCAUGCAAAGGGUAACCUACAGUUGCUGCAGAACUGCCUGGCAGUGUUAAAUGGAGACACAUAAGCCACACUCCACCUUCUGGUUAAAAAGGGCUGCCUUUCUUCAGAUUUUAUUUUUGUUUUCUUAAUGAUAUUAGGCAUUUACUGCUCACUGGAAACAAAAGAAACAGCUGACAAAGUACAUCUACUCUCCUUUUCUUCUGAGAAACAGCGGAACAGUGCCACACAGGUGCUGCACUUUGUGGUGGACACAGCUCCAGGACCUGCGGCCCACAGUCUGGCCCCACCCCUUGUGCGCCUGCCCUUCAGACGCUUGAGUUCAGUCUUUUUUUUUUAAGUCGCCUCUGUAACUGUUAUGACUAGUAUUCCUUAUGGCUGCCAGUCUUAUUUACCUUUAUUCUCUGAAGUUUAACCCUUUCAAAAUACAUUGUUCAAACAAGAUAAAGAUUGCUAUUACUUUUUUGCGAAUUUUGUUUUUAAAAAAUACUGUAUACCACCUUCAUGUAUUCUGGAAAAGCAUCUUAAUCAGACUUACUUUUAACUAAUGAAGUUUUAGGGACAGACUUUAUGUAAUCUUUAUAAGUAUGAUUUCUGAAAAAAAGCAAAGCAUUAGUAUGUUUGCCUUAAACUUGUAGACUAAACCAAUUAUUGUCAAAUAAAUGGUGAUAACAGUGAUACUUUUAAACUCUGUGGUCAUUGUAUCACUUUAAAUUUGGAAUAGCUAUAAUCUACUCCUAUAUUAUGUAUACUUCACAGUGCAAGUCUUAGUUUUCUUUUUAUUUGUAUUUCUUUUAAAGUGGCAUAUUGGACCAAGUUCACCAAUCCCACUGUAAAAGAAGGAACUGCUUCUCUGUGCUUUUAACACAUUUGGAAUUGGGCAGAGGUAGUUAGAGACAGCUGUCUCUGAAAUGCUGGUUUCUUAGACCCCAUCGUUAGCUCAGGCAGGGAAUCAUGCAGCAGUCUGCCAUUUGAACCUCUUGGUAACUGUCGUGCAGUGUCUGAUUCACAUGUAAAGGGAAAGAACCUGCUAUAGGAAAUGGCAUCUGUCAAUGAGAAAUUUAGACUUGGGAUAAAAGUCUAUGUACAGAAAGGAUACUAAUAAUGGUCAGUUAUAUUACAGAAGUUAUUGGACUUUCUAAUGUGAAUGAACAUUGUCUUCCUACUUUAAAAAUAGAUUGAGUAUUUGGAUUUUCCACUCUCUUUGUAACUCAACUUCAAGCCCAUUUGUGUUCUUCACCUCUCAGGUGGGUUCCAAGUUCAUUUAUGUUUUUCCAAACUGUUUUGAAUAAUGCCUGGUCUAGGUCUGCAUCAUCUUUGUCCUCCACAGCAUGUUUUCUUGUCUGUCUGACGUGAUUCAGGUUUCAUCCCUUUAGCAACUGACGUUCCCCUUUUGAGCUGUCCGUUUUUCUAUUGGCUAAGAAAUGUGUUCAGUCCUUCAUGUCGUCACCAUCACUAGUAAAAAAUAUGUCCAUGUGCUGCCCAUUAGUGGAUGAAUGGGGAUAGAAAACACUAACCUCUGGAUCUGGGUGCCACCUCCUCUUGUGGCCUCAGCAGGUUUGCUUGACCUCUCUGACUCAGUUUUCUCUACUAUAACGGACAUACAGACCUACCUCACAGGGGUGUUGUGAGGAUUAAUAAAUGUUGGUACAGUGCUUUGGAAA